AUGGACAGCAACAGCACACUGUGGAGCUCUGGCUCUCGUCCUUCAUCCAUCCACGCUGAGCUGGUGACCAUGGCACCUACCAUCUUCCCUCGGGUGGGCUACAGUAUACUUUCUUACAUCAUGUUUAUCAACACAGUGUUGUCAGUUUUUAACAAUGGUCUCGUCAUAACCGUGAUGCUGAGGAAUCCGUCCCUCCUCCAGCCUAUGAGCACUUUUAUCCUCAGCCUCGCUGUGUCUGACAUCAUGAUAGGCCUGUGCGGCUCCCUGGUCGUGACCAUCACUAACUACCAAGGCUCUUACUUUAUUGGGCACACAGCCUGCAUUUUCCAAGGAUUUGCAGUCAAUUAUUUUGGUCUGGUGUCUCUCUGCACUCUGACCCUGCUUGCCUAUGAGCGGUAUAACAUUGUGUGUAAGCCAAGAGCUAGUCUAAAGCUGACCUUGCGGAGAGCUGUCUUCGGGCUGCUAUUCGUCUGGAUCUUCUGCUUGUUUUGGGCUGUGGUUCCGUUAUUCGGCUGGAGCUCCUACGGACCUGAGGGAGUCCAGACCUCCUGCUCUUUGGCCUGGGAGAAGAGAUCUUGGAAUAACUACAGCUAUCUCAUCCUCUACACACUCUUCUGCUUCAUUUUCCCUGUUGCAGUCAUUAUUUACUGCUACUCCAAAGUGCUCAUAUCCAUGAAUAAGCUGAACAGGAGUGUGGAGCUCCAGGGUGGGCGUUCCAGCCAGAAGGAGAAUGAUCAUGCCACCUGUAUGGUCCUGGCCAUGAUCAUAGCUUUUUUUAUUUGCUGGCUGCCCUACACAGCGUUGUCAGUGGUGGUAGUGGUGGAUCCAGAGCUGCACAUCCCUCCACUGGUCGCCAGCAUGCCCAUGUACUUUGCUAAGACUAGCCCUGUCUAUAAUCCCAUCAUCUACUUCCUUACCAACAAGCAGUUCCGGGAUGCCGCUCUGGAGGUGCUGUCCUGCGGGCGCUACAUUCCUCAUGGGUACACCAGCAACAGCAUCAACAUGCGCUCCCUGAGCAGCAAGGUGUUGCCUCUGUGA